AUGAAAAUGAGCCAAGCAAUUAGGGCCUCUGAAACGCUUUUGAAUGAAUACAAGGGAUACAUUGAUUCAAUGGAUGCAAUAUAUAAAUUGAAUUCAGAUGAAAUAAAUUCAACAGCCGGAUUAUACCAAGAAAUCAAGAAUAACUUGAUUGACACCGGAUAUUUUACAGCAAAAGAGAUGAUUGAAUUGAUAGGAAAUGCUUGCAAUGAGGGUUUCCAUUAUCGUCAUGGAUACAUAGAAUUAAUGAAGAGAAUCUUAGAAGAAUAUUUUGCUGACAAUAUUGAUAUCUCAUUUUUUUCACAAUAUGAUGAUGUUAAAAUAAAUUCCCCGGAAUAUGCAAUAAUGAAUGAUAACGAAGAAGAAUUAUUAGAUCACUUGAAAAGUAAGAGCUUUUAUCUCACAUAA